AUAUUCAAAUAAAAACUUACGGAAAAUAAGACAGGCGUAAUUUCGAUCGGAAACCGAAGCAGUGCAAAGACAAACUUACAGACAUAUCUAAGGAGAGGUUGAUGCCGGUAUCUUCAGGGGUUUUUUUUCAGUCUGGACAUAUAUUAUGUAACGAAUUCUUUAUCAUGGACUGGAAGACAGCUUGGUAAAAAUGUGCUUUAAUUAAGUAGAUAAACUAUCUAACGUAGACAUACAACAAGAAUGCUGGACUAUUGCUCAAAUGACAACGGGACCUCGGGGUUUCACCAAAAUGCCAGCCCCAACUCCAUGUCCAUGGCAUCACUAUUGAACAUGAAUGUUAAUAUGGACUCUAGCGGACGACAACCGGCAUUUGUGCUCAGUUCUCCCCCUUUAGCAGCCCUUCAUAAUAUGACAGAAAUGAAAGCCCCUGUGACGUCAUCAGCAGCAGCCAAUUUCUUGACGUCAGCUCAGUAUCAGCAGUCUUUGAAGAAUUUCUCCGCCAAUUCUACCCCUCAUGGAAUUCAGGAUAUUCUGAGUCGACCUCAGAUUCAUGCUCUUGGACUUUCCAGGUUAAAUGCUGCUGGAAUGUACUUAAAUUCGCAGUGCAGAAUGCCCAAGUUAGCGGAACUUCCGGGCCGACCACCCAUUUACUGGCCAGGACUUCUCAACGGUCAAAGCUGGAGACCCAAUAGUACGGGAAACAUUGUGGUGGACAAAGACGGGAAAAAGAAACACACACGGCCAACUUUCUCUGGACAACAGAUUUUUGCUCUGGAAAAAACAUUUGAACAGACCAAAUACUUAGCAGGCCCCGAGAGAGCACGUCUGGCCUACGCCCUGGGAAUGUCGGAGAGCCAGGUCAAGGUAUGGUUCCAAAACAGACGAACAAAAUGGAGAAAGAAACAUGCAGCGGAAAUGGCAUCAGCGAAGAAAAAGCAAGAACAAGCCGAAGACCUGGAAACUUCCGAUAUAGAGGAUGACCAAUCGUCUGACAGCAGUAAACUGCGUGACCAAAUGUCAGAAUACUUAGAACAGGCAGGCUUGUAGCAAUUCAAAGAUUGGAUCUCCUCUCAUUUGUCUGCAAUAGGAAAUAGUGCUAAUAAAAUGGCGACAAAGCGAUCGGCUGCUCACAGAAUAAUGUCGGACGCUGCGCAGAGUGAGGUGGACAUACGGUAUUAUAUGGCAAUAUUUCACUAUAGAGAAGAACCGUGUGUUG